GCUUGCAAGCCAGAAGAAGUCAACGGCCAAGGGGUAUCCUUGUAAUAAUCUCUCGUAUGGCAUGAUGACCAGCUAACCCCAUAUCCUAAUGAAUCCCUCGUAAUGCUUAUAUAUAUCGUUGUCCUUUUGCUCUGCAAACCCAAGCUUUUACUAGUGGAAUUUGGUGUGAUUAUUCCUUACCAAAAUCACCCAGAAUGGCCAAAAUUGCCUUAGGAUCUCAGCGAGAGGCCACCCAGCCCGACUGCAUCAAGGCCCUUAUCGUCGAGUUUAUUACCACCUUUUUCUUCGUCUUCGUCGGAGUCGGAGCAGCCAUGGCCGCUGAUAAACUAGUGGGAGGAUCUCUAGCGGGCUUGCUUUUCGUGGCUUUAGCACAUGCACUUGUUGUGGCUGUAAUGAUAUCCGCCGGUCACAUCUCCGGUGGUCAUCUCAACCCAGCAGUCACUUUGGGCCUCCUCGCCGGCGGUCACAUCACCGUCUUCCGAUCCAUGCUUUACUGGAUUGACCAAUUGGUUGCAUCUUCUGCUGCUUGUCUCCUCCUAUGCUAUCUUACAGGAGGAAUGGCCACUCCUGUGAUUACACUGGCAAGUGGGGUAGGCUACGUUCCAGGGGUAGUGUGGGAGAUCGUACUGACCUUCUCCUUGCUGUUUACCGUCUAUGGCACUAUUGUGGACCCCAAGAAGGGAUCAAUUGAUGGGCUGGGCCCAUUGCUCACUGGGCUCGUAGUUGGGGCAAACAUCUUAGCUGGUGGAUCAUUUUCUGGUGCGGCCAUGAACCCUGCACGAGCCUUUGGGCCCGCUUUGGUGAGCUGGGACUGGACUCACCAUUGGGUUUACUGGGUUGGACCCCUAAUUGGUGGUGGGUUGGCUGGGUUCAUCUAUGAAAAUUUCUUCAUCACAAGAUCUCAUCUUCCUCUUCCCAAUGAUGAAGAAACUUACUUAAGUACUAAUUAGCAAUUGCAUCAUGUAAUGUAGUCCUUUAAUUUAGCCACUCCUUUUCAUUGUAUUAAAUUCCUGUGUGUUUCCCUGUUAUUCAAUAUCAUGCAUAUGGUACUUUGAUUGA